CCUAGCAGAAAAAUAUCCGGUUCCUAAACGGUUUCUAAACAUCCAACCCGAAUAAACCGAACAGAUCCGAACCAAAAAUCGGAAUGCCGAGCACUACUUUAGCCUGUAUCUCAGUUACCUGAUAACCUAAUAACCAAACUGAACUGAUAUCCAAAUGCCUACCUAACUGCCGCGCCCACUUGUUUUAGACAUAUUUUUCUAACAAAUCAGCCCUACUACGGUUUACUUGGGCCUAGUCCUCGGGACGGCCCAAUUUGACAUCACGAGGCCCAAUGAUUGGUCUUGAGCAGUUGAGUGCAGGGCAUGCCUUUGAAUCUUUUCGCCGGGGGAGAUGAUCGCCGCCGUCAGAGCAGCGAUUCUCAAGGCACAAAGCUACUCUUCUAACGUCAAAACUGUCUUGUUCCAUUCUACUCCCAUCCUACAACGCAAACAUAAAUCCAACUCAGAGACACGAAACAAAAAGUUGUCAAGAAGCAGGGCAAAGCAAGACUUGCGUCGUAACGUGAAUGCUUUUGCAGAACACUUGUUUGGGAUAUGGAGUGAUGGGUUUGAUUACUCUGAUAAGCACACGUCGUGGUUCGAAAAACAGUACUUUAGAGUUUGCAAAAGAAACCGGAUUGGUAGUAGUAGAUACAUUCAUCAACGUUUGGAUAAAAGUUGUUUCGAUUUCAGUGGAGUUGAUGAUGAGUGUGAAAUCGAAUACUUUCUACGGAGUGCAUUGGGUGGAUCCUAUAAACAGAGUAAAUCUCGAUGGAGAGAGCGUCAUUUCUAUGGUUCAAACAGACAGGAAGAGGGUGAAGCUCGCUCGUGGAGGUAUUCAAACAACAGCAACACUGGACGAUCUCGGGGCUCGAGACAACGACUAGAUCAAGAAGAAGAAAAGGAAGAAGAAGAAGAAGAACAAGACGAACGUUCUUCCACGGAAGUCAACGAUUUAGAUACGAGCCAGCAGUCUCAUAGACAAACACUUGGUCUUAGUUCCUCAGGUCCCUUAAACCUUGGAGAUGUCAAAAAGGCAUACCGAGUUUGCGCAUUAAAAUGGCAUCCAGAUCUUCACCCCGACUCUACCAAGAAUGCAGCUGAGGAAAAGUUCAAGCUAUGCACUGUGGCAUAUGAAUCGUUAUGCGAAAAGUUUGCCAUGAACCAAUAAGAUUCUAGUUGGAUGGACACGGUGAUGAGAAUUGGAUAGGAUUUGAGUUGCUAAAGAUUACGAGUUGAUUAAGAGCAACAUUAAGGGCUAAUACUUGUUGGGUUUGUAGAAAAAAAUAUAUUAGCUUUUAAUUACUUCAGCUUUUUGAAAACAUGUUGAAACAUUGUCUUACUAACAGAGACAAUAAGACAAUGUUUCAUUGUUGGAAGUGCUCUAACAAUGAAACAGAGAGCAUAGGCAGAGACAGAGUCAACGGACUUGAACUUAGCAGACUAAUUAAAUAUUUUGACCAAAAAAGCAGACUAAUUAAACAUCAAGAUAUAGCUCUUUUUUUUUGUGCAACUGUAUAUACUGUAUUAAGACGAAGAAAAUAUAUAAAAGGUUAAGCAUCUAAACAAAAGGGGGGGGUUCCCACCAAAAUGGAGGACACCUAAUGAGAUUUGGUAAUACACUUACAGAAAUAAAAUUCUGUUUAACUUUUUGACAAUUUUUGUCCUCUUCUGGUUAUAAUUACUUUUCUGUUGUAAAUAAAGAAGAGAAGAGAAGAGAAGAGAGGAAUUUUUGUGUCUUAUUCCAUGAAUAAUGAUCUCCUUAUAUAGGAUACAAUAGCUUGGAGACAAAGCUUAACUUGGAGUGGGGAACAAGUAUAUCUAGGACUUUCCAUAUGGACAUCACUACAAUAUUUAUAACACUUCCCCUUGAUGUCCAAUAUGUCGAAGUGCUUUCAAAACGCCGUAGAUGCUGUCUCGUUAAAAACCGAGAUUGUAAUGCCAUAACCGUCUAGAGUUUGUAAUGCGUUUGGAAUACUGCCUCGUUAAAACCUUUCCAUGGUAAACCCAAAAACCCAAUGUGGUAAAAACGGGAAGCCAUGGAUAGGAAAAAGAGUACAGCCGCAUUACUUCCCCUGAAGUGAAUAUCACUGAAGGCUUCUCAGUGAUCGCAUACCAAUCUGCUGCAUAAGCUUCCUGAGCGUGCAUGUUGGUAAUGCCUAAGUGAAGAGGUCGGCUGAGUUCUCGCUAGAUCUGACUUAGAGGACCUUGACCUCUCCUUCUUUCUGAAGAUCGUUGGUGAAGAAGAACUUGGGGAGAACAUGCUUAGUCUUGUCACCCUUGAUGUAACCAUCUUUGAGCUGAGCUAUGCAGGCCGUAUUGUCUUCGUAAAGAACGGUCGGCUCGUCUUUACCAUCCGUGAUCCCACAUGCUGUCCGAAUAUGGUGUGUCAUGAGUUUCAACCAGACACACUCUCCGCUUGCUUCAUGGAUCGCCAAUAUAUCCGAGUGAUUGGAUGAUGUGGCUGAUAUAGUCUGCUUGACUGAUCUCCAUGAAAUAGUCGUGCCUCCAUAUGUGAAAACAUAGCCGGUUUGGGACUUAGCACUGUGUGGAUCGGACUGGUAACCUGCAUCAACAAAAUGCUUUCAUGAUAUUCAUGGUCCAUUCGGAUCAUAUGGUUUAUCUCUCUUAGAUAAAUUCGACCAUGAAUGUCUUUGUAUGUCCAUGAUCUGUCUGGA